GCCCACACAACACUACGCAAUAUGCCUCUUCAAUUCCUCCGACGCCUCGUACGGCCCUUAAUCCUUCCUAGAACACAUAUCGCUUCCCCUCGAACUACCACCCCAUCAAUUGGCCUCCUCGCAGCCCAAAAUGCAACCUCUGUGCUCCCCAUCCGAACCUUCUCAGCCUCUCCCUCUCGCUCCUCCACAUUAAUUCAGAUCGUGCGCAGCGGACGACAAAAACAGCGAGCGCGGAAGCUGCGCUCACCGGCGUUGAAGAAUCGACCAGAGAUGAAGGGUGUGUGUCUCAAAGUCGGCACGACAAAGCCGAAGAAACCGAAUUCGGGGGAGAGGAAGAUUGCGAGGGUGAGGUUGAGUAGUGGAAAGGUUGUUACGGCAUAUAUUCCUGGGGAAGGACACAAUGUCCAGCAGCAUUCAGUUGUUCUAGUGCGCGGUGGCAGAGCGCAGGAUUGCCCGGGUGUGAAAUAUCACCUGGUGAGAGGGGCAUUAGAUUUGGGAGGCGUUGGUAACCGACUCACAUCGAGGUCGAAAUACGGGACGAAGAAGCCCAAGCAGGCCGCAUGAUCACCGAUAUCCCAGACGGUCUUGUACAUUCGUGUAUCAUAUGGACUUUGAAUUAGUGGCGUUCAUCUUUGCAGACCUUCCAGGAAAUUGGGGUCAUAUAGAAAUCCUAUCAUAUAAAAAUAUCUA